GAAGGGGACAGAUGCCUUGAUCUCCAUUGCAUGACUUACCAUCUUCCAUUUCCAUUUCCAUUCUUGUGCUUUUGCUUUUAUCUGAUUAUGGAGGCGCCUCCGCCCUCCUUUGUUUCCAAAGCCAGGACUGCCUUCCAUUCCGCGUUUCCUUCCUCUUUAAAUCCAAUUCACCAGGAUCUCCUAAAACCAUCCCACCACCACAUUUCCCACAAUCAACACCAGAUAAGGAGUCACAUUGAGCCAAAGUCCUCGAGUUGGCAUCCGGAGAAAACAGGACUGGCAAGAUAAAUUCAAAAAGUUGAAAAUCCAACCAUGUCUGUACCAUUUUAUGAUGAGAACUUGUACAUGCUGAACAUGAAAAAUGAUAUUGAAGCGAAGAAUGCAGAAAUAAUUCCAUCAGUUGAAAGUUUUUUGGCUACUGACAAAGCUAGUAUUCCUUCCCUUUCAGUCAUAAAGCAGUUGGCUAUUGCUAUUGAGGCUGGAAAGAAAUCCAAGUCAGUGAAGAGUUUGCUUGCUUCAUCAGCAGGUUCUUCAUCUGCAAAGGGGAAGCCUGGGUUAAAUCUAUCGACAGUGAGGGCAUUAGUGCUUCGUGAAAAGGAGGAAAAGAUUUCAACUACAUUUCGUCAUGAUGAGAGAAUUCAAUCUUUGAUCCGUUCACUCUUUGAUGCAGGGGGAGAUUUUCUCAAAAGGAGCAUAACUUCUGGCUCAGAGGGCACAAUUGCGGCAUCCUUGCCCAGAGAUAUUCAUGGUGCUCCUCCAGAUAGCCUUCUUGUUAAGAUUUCUGAAGUUAUAGGAAGCUUUAGAUCUCUACGGAAAAUGACACUUUUUUGGUGCAGAAUUGUUGAUGAAAUGAGAAGAUUCUGGUCAGAAGAGCAAUACAUACCUGGCAUUCCAAUAGAUGAGAUUCCAGAUCUUAAUUCAUGUCUUCUAUAUCAGCGAUUCCAGGUUAUAAAUUGUUGUCUCUCCCGCAAAAGACGCCAUGAGAUAGCCUCUGACUCGCUAGAUGUGGUGCUAAGGGUAGCAAGUUCAAACACUGAAUCAGGAACGUCUGAGGUCACCGUUCCUGCAAACUCUCUUUUGUAUGCUAGACUCAAUAAUGGGGAGCUUGCACUUCGACUAGGUGCUGACUGCCCAUUUAGUAACCUUACAAUGUUGGAAACUGGUGAAAAAGUUUACUCUCCUGUUACGCAGGAAGGACCUCUGCUCACGGAAGAUGUCAUUAAAGAAACAGAGGAGUUCGUUCUUCGAACUGGAAGUGUGGGUGCUGGAUGUUCUCAACUUCUUUCCGACAUGCAAGCUUUCAAGGCUGCCAAUCCUGGCUGCAUCUUGGAGGAUUUUGUAAGAUGGCACUCCCCUCCUGAUUGGACCGAACCUGAACCGAGUAAUGGAAGUGUACAUUCUUCUAUUGCUAGUGAUUCAAGAGGUCAACUUAGUAGUCGAAUGCAGAAAGAAGGUAAUUUGUGGCGUGAACUAUGGGACACAUCCAAAGCAGUGCCUGCUGUUAAACAAACACCACUCUUUGAUGAGGAUUUGGUUGUGGAAGGCAUUCUGACUGAUUUAGAGGACUUGCCAACCACUGAGCUAUAUGGGCCACUGUUCCUUUCUUUACUUGGUUUAGGAUUCGUAAUGGCGGAGGCCAAAUUGGCCGAAGAUAAUAAUUUGUCAAAGCUGUUCUAUGAGUGCAAGGACUAUGUUGUGGCAACUUGUCAAGGCAGCUCUUGGAACAACAAAGUUGAUGAUAUUUGUCAGGUGUAUGAAACAGUGGAGACUAUGAUGGUGAAUCCAGAUGAAAUUCUGAAGGCUAUGAAACAAGCAGAAGAAUCAAACAUGACAACCAGCGUACUGAAACGACGUUUUAAGAAGCUGAGUCUGAACUUGGUUGGCAAGGAUGAACAGACAAAAAAAUCAUCUCCAAGAAAUGCUAACUCAGAUGAAAGGCUGUCCUCAUCGACGCAGCCAUUCUCGUCGUUCUUUGACAGCAAAUCAUCUUUAUUUGCAAAGAAGCCUCCUAAGCCAGAAAGUACAUCGGCUACUCCUGUUGAAAAUGGUUGGACAUUGGUUUAGACAGAGACAAACAGAGCAGGUGAAACUCUGCUGGCUGCCAUUGUAGCUUGGGAUUUUGGAUUUAUUUUUUGAGAAUUUGGGAUGGAAGUGUAAAUUAUAAUGAAAGUUGAUUUAAAUAGUGUUGGGGUGUUUGUGUAGUAUAAACAAAAGAGUCUUCUUCUUCACCUUCAUUGGUUGCAAGAGGAAAGGACGUUUUUUUUUGGGUCCAUGUAAAUAUAUAGCAUGGGUUUGUCUCAUUGCUUCUAAUUUACUUACAAGACUUGACUGAAUAAAGAGAUU